AUGUCUGGUCCUAUUACAGCAUGUAACAGUCAGCAAUUUCGCUGUGGAAAUGGACACUGUAUACAUAUUGACUGGAUGUGUGAUGGAACCAGAGACUGUUUAGACGGCUCGGAUGAAGUUAACUGCACUUGUGACGCAAACCAUUUCCAAUGUCAAGAUUUAGGACGCUGCAUCCCUCAGGUCUGGGUGUGUGAUGGUGAUAGAGACUGUGAAGAUGGCUCGGAUGAACAUCAUUGCUCUGGGGCAACGUGCUCAAGUCACCAGAUCGCAUGUCCCAGUGGUCAGUGUAUCCCACGUGAGUACAGAUGCGACCACGUCAGAGACUGCUCCGACGGAUCCGACGAGAGAGAGUGCCAUUACCCAACAUGUGAGCAGUUGACUUGUGACAAUGGAGCCUGCUAUAAUAAUACUCAGAAGUGUGAUGGGACAGUGGAUUGCAGGGACAACUCUGAUGAAGUCAACUGCACUCACAUGUGUGGUCACUCUGAGUUCCAGUGCAACAAUGGGGCGUGUAUUCCUCAAACAUUUGUCUGUGACCGUAAUGAUGACUGUGGAGACAACAGCGAUGAACAUUCUUGCAUAUAUGAGACCUGCAAAAGCAAUGAGUUCACCUGUCCAAAUGGUAGAUGCAUUGAUCACAAUUGGGUGUGUGAUGGAGAUGAUGAUUGCAGAGAUAAUGGAGAUGAAGAUGGAUGCGAAAGCAGUCUUAGUCGAAAAUGCUAUCCAAGAGAAUGGGCUUGUCCGCGUUCUGGACAUUGCAUCUCAGUUGACAAAGUCUGUGAUGGGACUCCAGAUUGUCCAUCAGGAGAAGAUGAAAACAAUGUCACUGCAGGAAGAACUUGUGGCUUGUUUGUAUGUCCCAUCCUGAGUUGCCAGUACCAAUGCCACAGAUCCCCAUCUGGAGGCACAUGUUUUUGUCCCCAUGGUUAUAUUCUCAACGUCAAUAAUUCUCGUACCUGUGUUGAUUUUGACGACUGCCAGAUCUGGGGGAUUUGUGACCAGAUGUGUGAAGACCGCAUUGGUCAUCAUCAGUGCCACUGUGCAGCAGGGUAUACUUUGGAGCAUGAGCGGCACUGCAAAGCUAGUACUUCCUCUGGUGAAGCCUCUGUUAUCUUCUCCGAUGGUCGGGAUUUGCUCAUUGGUGAUAUUCAUGGAAGAAGCUUCCAGAUCCUGGUACAGUCUCAAAAUCGAGGAAUAGCUGUGGGUGUGGAUUUCCAUCAUGACCUGCACAGGGUCUUUUGGACAGACUAUACACAAGAUAAGGUUUUUUCAAUUGACAUGAACAGUUUAAUUAUCCAAGAAGUUCUCAAUGUUUCUAUUGAGGAUUCAGAGCAUUUGGCUGUCGACUGGAUUAAUAAUAAACUCUAUAUGGUGGAGACCAGGGUCAACCGCAUAGAUUUGGCAAAUUUAGAUGGAAGUAACCGGGUUAUCCUUAUCAGUGAAAACUUGGGCCGUCCUAGAGGAAUUGCUGUGGACCCAACUAUUGGUUAUUUAUUUUUCUCAGAUUGGCGGAGUCUUUCUGGGGAACCCAGAGUGGAAAGAGCUUUCAUGGAUGGCAGCAACCGUAAAAAUUUGGUCAAGUCAAAGUUGGGAUGGCCUGCUGGGAUAACUCUGGAUCUCGUAUCAAGGCGUGUUUACUGGGUCGACUGCCGGUUUGAUUACAUUGAGACUGUAACUUAUGAUGGACUGCAAAGGAAGACAGUAACUUAUGGAGGCACUGCCAUUCCUCAUCCCUAUGGAAUAACCUUGUUUGAAGAUCAAAUAUUCUUUACUGAUUGGACAAAGAUGGCUGUAAUGAAGGCAAACAAGUUUACAGAACCAAACCCACAAGUAUAUUACCAUUCCUCCCUGAGGCCUUAUGGAGUGACUGUUUACCAUUCUGUCAGACAGCCCAAAGUUCCGAAUCCUUGUGGCAAUAACAACGGAGGCUGUGAACAGAUCUGCGUCAUCAGUCAUAUAUCAGAUAAUAAUGGUCUGGGUUACCGCUGUAAGUGCACUUUUGGCUUUGACCUGGCUGCAGAUCAUCACCACUGUGUUGCUGUUAGUAAGUUCCUGCUCUUUUCAUCCCAAGUGUCCAUACGAGGAAUCCCACCCAACAUCUCAUCCCAGGAAGAUGUUAUAAUUCCAGUGACAAGAAAAUAUUCCUACUUUGUUGGCCUUGAUUAUUGGGCCCAGGAGAAAGCGAUCUUUUUUACAGAUUUUGCACAAGAUACAAUUUGUAAACAAAAUAUUGAUGGCACAGGAAGAGAAAUUCUCACAGCUAACAGGGUAGAAAAUGUUGAAAGUUUGACUUUUGACUGGAUUUCCAAGAAUCUUUACUGGACAGAACCUUCCUACAGGUCUAUUAGUGUUAUGAGGCUAGCUGAUAAAUCAAGACGAGAAAUAAUCCGACAUUUAAAUAAUCCAAGAGCUAUUGUAGUUCAUCCCAUCAUGGGAUAUCUAUUUUGGACUGAUUGGUUCCGCCCUGCUAAAAUUAUGAGAGCAUGGAGUGAUGGAUCUCAUGCUGUACCGAUAGUAAACACUACUCUUGGAUGGCCCAAUGGGUUGGCCAUAGAUUGGAGUGCUUUACGAUUGUACUGGGUAGAUGCCUUUUUUGACAAACUUGAGCACAGUAAUUUCGAUGGUUUGGAUAGAAGAUCCUUGGGCCAUAUACAACAUAUGGCACAUCCAUUUGCACUCACCGUCUCUGGAGAGUAUGUAUUUUUUACUGACUGGAGACUGGGUGCUAUUGUUCGAGUUAGAAAAACUGAUGGUGGGGCGCAGACCAUUAUCCGGAAAGGCAUCAGUAACAUAAUGCACGUGAAAUCUUAUGAUGCUGAUAUACAGAGUGGUUCUAAUUUCUGCAAUCAACCCACCAUACCUAAUGGCGACUGCAGCCACUUCUGCUUCCCGGUACCGAAUUUCCAGCGAGUAUGUGGUUGCCCCUAUGGAAUGACCCUGAGUUCUGACCAUAUCACCUGCAUACCAAACCCAUCUCAAGAACCACCAACAGAGCAGUGUGGCAUGUUUUCCUUUUCCUGCAGCAAUGGACGAUGUGUGUCCAUUCAGGAUGAGUGUGAUGGAUUUGAUGACUGCCAUGAUAACAGUGAUGAAAUUCACUGUGCUACAACCAAUAAUACCUGUGCAUCUACUGCAUUCCGUUGUCCCGAUGGGCAGUGCAUCCCUUCCACCUGGCGCUGUGACCAACAAAAUGACUGUACCGAUGGUAGUGAUGAGCAGAACUGCCCGACUCGAAGGCCUGUCUCCUGUUCUGCAAACCAGUUCGCCUGUGGUAAUAACAGGUGUAUUCCAAAGAACUGGGUCUGUGACACAGAUAAUGACUGUUGGGAUGGAUCUGAUGAAAAGGAUUGCAACUCUACAACGACGUGCGAUGUUGCUCAGUUCUCAUGCCCUGAUCAUCGCUGUAUUGACAUAACUUAUGUCUGUGAUGGGGACAGGGAUUGCGCUGAUGGAUCUGAUGAAGUUAGUUGUGUAUAUAAUUGCACUGCUUCUCAAUUCAAGUGUUCCAGUGGGGAUCAGUGUAUUAACAUCAUAAAUGUAUGUGAUGGAGUGUUUGACUGCCGUGACCACUCUGACGAGGCGGGCUGUCCAACCAGGCCUCCCGGAAUGUGCCACCCGCAUGAAUUUCAGUGCCAAGGAGAUGGUGUGUGCAUCCCGGACAUCUGGGAGUGUGAUGGGCAUCCAGACUGUAUCCAGGGAUCCGAUGAGCACCAUGGCUGUUCCCCCAAGACCUGCCCUUCAACUCAUUUCCAUUGUGACAAUGGAAUGUGUAUCUUCAGAGAUUGGCUCUGUGAUGGGGACAAUGACUGCACGGAUUGGAGCGAUGAGAAGGAGUGUGCCACUCAGGCCUUCCAUUGCCCCAGUGGGCAGUGGCAGUGCCCUGGCCACCCCAUUUGUCUGAAUCUGAGUGCAGUGUGCGAUUCUGUCCCUGACUGCCCCAAUGGGGCAGAUGAGUCCCCGGUUUGCAAUAUGGACAACUGCGCAGAGAAUAAUGGUGGCUGUACUCAUGACUGUAUUCAAGGACCCUAUGGGGCUGAAUGCUUAUGUCCAUUGGGUUUCUUACUGGCUAAUGAUUCGAAGACCUGUGAAGAUGUGAAUGAAUGCGAUCUUCGAGGCUUUUGUAGCCAGCACUGCCACAAUAUGAGAGGUUCUUUCCGGUGUUGGUGUGUUGAAGGCUAUGUAUUAGAAGGUGAUGGAAGGACGUGCAGAGCUCAAGCCCCUGAUAGCCUGCUGCUGCUGGUGGCAAAUCAGAACCAAAUUAUUGCAGACAAUAUCACUUUUGGGGUCCAGAAUAUCUAUCCAUUCAUCCAAAAUGGUUCUGAGAUUUCUGCUAUUGAUUUUGAUUCGGUCAGUGGUCGCAUCUUUUGGUCUGAUAUAAAGCAGGAUAUGAUCUGGAGUGCAUUUCAAAAUGGAACAGAUAUUAAAGUAGUACAUGUUCAUGGCGUUGGCAAGACUCAAAGUAUUGCAGUAGAUUGGGUUGGUCGAAAUCUAUACUGGACAGACUCUAACCUUGGAGCAAUUGAAGUUUCUAACCUGGAUGGGAGCUUCAGGACAGUGCUGCUUAGUGUGAACAUAACAAGUCCGAGAGGCCUAGCUUUAGAUCCAAGAGAGAAUGACCGCCUAAUGUUCUGGUCUGAAAUGGGCCGCCAUCCUCACAUAGAACGAGCCAGCAUGGACGGCACUAUGCGCACCAUCAUUGUCCAGGAAAAGGUCUACUGGCCUAGUGGAUUAACCCUUGACUAUCCCAACAGACUGCUCUAUUUCAUGGAUGACUAUCUUCAGUACAUAGACUUUUGUGACUAUGAUGGAAAUCACCGGCAUCAGGUGAUAGCUAGUGCAUUGAUUCUGCAACGUCCCCAACACUUGACUCUCUUUGAAGAUCACAUGUACUGGACUGACUCCAACUCUCAAAAGGUCACAAAAGCCAACAAGUGGCAUGGGGGAAACCAUUCGGUUGUGCUUGAUAAUAUCCACCACCCCUUUGGAAUUGCUGUAGCUCAUCCUGUAAAACAACCACGUAGUGCAAAUCCAUGUGCCUCUGCCUCCUGCAGCCAUCUAUGUGUGCUAUCCUCCCAGGGCCCAAAUUAUUACACCUGUGUGUGCCCUUCAGGAAGCUUUCGGCAUCAUGAUCCUUCAAAUUGCCAGCCAGAUGAAAAACCUUUUUUAAUAGCUGUACAACGGGAAAUGAUUUUUGGAAUCUCCCUUAAUCCUCAGGAGAUGGGCAAUGAUGCCAUGGUUCCCAUCUCAGGGCUGCAGAAUGCUUAUGAUGUUGACUUUGAUGAUGUAGAGGAAUUCAUCUACUGGGUGGAGUAUUCAGCUGACAUUUACAGAGUGAAGAUCGAUGGCACCAACAGGAUGGUGUUUGCCCCCGCACCUGUUGUGGGAUCUCCUGUAGGCUUGGCUCUAGACUGGCUAUCAAGAAACCUUUACUAUACCAAUACUAGAGGCCAGACAAUUGAGGUUUUGACACUCAGGGGAGAUCACAGAUACAAAAAAACACUAUUGACCAAUGAUGGGACCUCAACUGGAGUUGGUUUUCCUGUUGGCAUAGCUGUUGACCCUGCUAAUGGGAAGAUGUAUUGGACAGACCUAGGAACUGACAGUGGGAUUCCUGCCAAGAUUGCAAGUGCUAACAUGGAUGGCACAUUUUCAAAAAUUCUUUUCACUGGGAACCUUGAGCACGUGGAGUUCAUCACUCUUGACAUCAAGGAGCAGAAACUCUACUGGGGAGUCACCAGUGUAGGAUUGAUUGAAUGUGGAAAUGUGGAUGGUACAAAUCGAAUAUUUCUGGUACACCUCCUUUCCCAUCCGUGGGGAGUUGCUGUUUAUGAUUCCUACCUUUAUUAUUCGGAUAGAGACUUUGAGGUCAUUGAACGAGUUGACAAGGCUACUGGGAACAAUAAAGUAGUUUAUAGAGACAAUAUUCCAAAUCUGAGGUGCCUUCGAGUUUAUCACAAACGUGAACCUGCUUCAAAUGGCUGUAGUAACAACAUGAAUGCCUGUCAGCAGAUUUGCCUGCCUAUACCGGGAGGGCUGUUCUCCUGUGCCUGUGCGACUGGAUUUAAACUCAAUCCUGAUAACCGGACCUGCUCUCAAUAUACUUCCUUCAUUGUUGUUUCGAUGCUUUAUGCAAUCAAGGGUUAUAACUUGGACUUGUCUGAUCACUCGCAGGCUAUGGCGACCGUGGGAGGCCCAGGACGAAAUGCACUGCAUGUGGAUGUUGAUGUGGCUUCUGGCUUUAUUUAUUGGUGUGAUUUCAACCGCUCUGUGCCAUCACAGAAUGCAAUCCGUAGAAUCAAAACAGACGGGUCUGACUUGACAAACAUUAUUACAGACGGGAUAGGACAAAAUGGAGUCCGAGGAAUUGCCAUGGACUGGGUGGCAGGAAAUCUGUAUUUUACCAAUGCUUUUUUAUCUGAAACACUGAUAGAAGUUCUACGGAUCAAUACUACCUACCGCCGUAUUCUCCUUAAAACCACAGUGGAUAUGCCCAGGGAUAUUGUUGUAGAUCCCAAGAACAGAUACCUCUUCUGGGCGGACUAUGGGCAGACGCCAAAGAUUGAACGCGCCUUUCUUGACUGUACCAACCGGACUGUGCUUGUGUCGGAGAGCAUUGUCACACCCCGGGGCAUAGCAGUGGACCUUGACAGCAGCUUUAUUUACUGGGUUGAUGACUCUUUAGAUACAAUCUCAAGGACUCAUAUUAUUAGUGGUGAAUCUGAAGUGAUUCGUUUUGGCAGUCGCUACCCAACUCCUUAUGGCAUAACUGUUUUUGAAAAUUCUAUCAUAUGGGUAGAUAGGAAUUUGAAAAAAAUCCUCCGAGCUAGCAAAGAACCAGGAAACACAGAGUUACCAACAGUGAUAAGGGACAAUCUCAACUGGCUAAGAGAUGUGACUGUGUUUGACCAGCACAAACAGCCACGGUCUCCAGCAGAGGUCAAUAACAACCCUUGUAUGGAAAGAAAUGGUGAAUGCUCCCAUCUUUGCUUUGCUCUGCCUGGAUUGCAGACUCCAAAGUGCGACUGUGCCUUUGGGACUGUGCAAAGUGAUGGCAAAAGCUGUGCCCUUUCAACAGAAAAUUAUCUUAUCGUUGCCUUGGAAAAUUCAUUAAGAAGCUUAUACUUGGACCCUGAAACCCAUAGCCCACCUUUCCUUGCAAUAAAUUUACAAAGAACUGUUGUGGCCCUGGACUAUGAUAGCAUAAAUAAUAGAAUCUACUUUGCACAGAAUUCCGGCUCUAGAGGAGGCCAGAUUGCCUAUGUCAGUCUGUAUGCAAGGGGUGUUUCUGCAACAGUCAUUGCUUCAGGUAUAGGGUCUGCUCAAGGCAUUGCCUUUGACUGGAUCAAUAACAGAAUUUAUUACAGUGACUAUGUCAACCAGACAAUUACCUCCAUGGCUGUGGAUGGGUCCAAUUCUACUGUGAUAGCCCGUGUUUUGAGACCAAGGGCAAUUGUGUUAGAUCCUUGCCGAGGGUACAUGUACUGGACUGACUGGGGUGCUAAUACCAAAAUUGAGAGAGCUACACUGGGAGGAAACUUCCGGGUCCCCAUUGUGAACAGCAGCCUGGUCUGGCCCAAUGGACUCACUUUGGACUAUGACGAAGAACUUCUCUACUGGGCAGAUGCUAGUCUGCAGCGGAUUGAACGCAGCUCUCUGACUGGCGCGGACCGUGAAGUCAUCGUCAGCGCAGCCUUACUUCCUUUUGGCAUGACUGUCUAUGGCCAGUAUAUUUACUGGGCUGACUGGCAAACAAAGUCAGUUUACCGAGCGAACAAAUAUGAUGGGUCAGGUCAGUUCGUCUUGACCACCAACUUGCCCACUCGUCCCAUGGCCAUUCGCGUUUUUGGGAAGAGCCAGCAGCAGCAGUGUAACAAUCCUUGCACUGAUUUUAAUGGAGGCUGCAGCCACAUCUGUGCACCAGGUCCACAUGGUCCUGAGUGCCAGUGCCCGGCCGGGGGUCACUGGUAUCUGGCCAACAACAAUAAGCACUGCAUUGUGGACAAUGGAACUCGGUGCGCUGCCUCUGAGUUCACCUGCUUCAACGGGCACUGCAUCCCAGAGGAGUGGAAAUGUGACAAUGACGUCGAGUGUGGAGAUGGCAGUGAUGAGCUGGAAAGUGUCUGUGCUUUCCAUACAUGCUCGUCCACAUCCUUCACAUGUGCCAAUGGACGAUGUGUCCAAUACCAUUACCGCUGUGAUCACUACAAUGACUGUGGUGACAACAGUGAUGAAGCAGGGUGCCUAUUCAGGCCCUGCAACGCCAGCACAGAAUUUGCUUGCAAUAAUGGAAGGUGCAUAUCUCUGUCAUAUGUCUGCAAUGGUAUAAACAACUGCUAUGAUAAUGGCACUUCCGAUGAAAGAAAUUGCCCUGAUCGAACUUGCCGGCCUGGCUACACAAAAUGUCAGACUACAAAUAUUUGCAUUCCUCGAAAUUACUUGUGUGAUGGAGACAAUGACUGUGGUGAUAUGAGUGAUGAAAGCCCCACUUACUGUGCUACGAACUCCUGCAUCGAUGGUGAAUUCCAUUGUGCAUCUGGGCGGUGUAUUCCUUCUCAAUGGUAUUGUGAUCAAGACCAAGACUGUGGUGAUGGCUCUGAUGAACCAGCUAGUUGUGGUAAGAGAGUAAAUAAGCCACCAACAUGCUCCAGUCUACAGUUCCAGUGUGAUAAUAGAAGAUGCAUCUUUAGGAGCUGGAUCUGCGAUGGUGACAAUGACUGUGGGGAUAUGAGUGAUGAGGAUGAAAGGCAUAACUGUCAGAAUCAUACCUGCUCAAGUCACGAAUUUCAAUGUGUAAGCAGGGCAUAUCCUGCCAGGACUUGCAUUCCUCGGACUUGGGUCUGUGAUGGUGAUGCGGAUUGUGUUGAUGCCUCUGAUGAGCUGCAGAAUUGCCCCAGGAGGUCUUGCUCUGCAAAUGAAUUCGUCUGUAAUAAUGGACUCUGUAUCGAAAGCUCAUACAGGUGUGACCGACGCGAUGACUGUGGUGACUUAAGUGAUGAGAGAAACUGCACCUACUCAACUUGCUCUGCUUAUCAGUUCACCUGUCAGAACGCGAUCUGCAUUAGUAAGACCUACGUCUGUGAUGGGGAGAAUGACUGUGGAGAUGACUCUGAUGAGCUAGAGCAUCUGUGUAGGACCCCAGAAGCCACGUGCCCCCCGAAUGAGUUCAAGUGUGACAAUGGGAACUGUAUUGAGGCGGUGAAAGUUUGCAACCAUCUACCUGAUUGUAGUGAUAACAGUGAUGAAAAAGGAUGUGGCAUUAAUGAGUGCAAUGACCCUUCGAUCAGUGGUUGUGAUCACAACUGCACAGACACCCAAACCAGUUUCUACUGUUCUUGUAUGCCUGGUUACAAGCUUAUGUCUGACCACCGGACUUGUGAUGACAUUGAUGAAUGCAAGGAGACGCCUUUUGUCUGUAGUCAGAAGUGUGAGAACAUAGUGGGCUCCUACAUCUGUAAAUGUGCCUCAGGCUACAUUCGUGAACCAGAUGGAAGGACUUGCCGGCAGAACAGUAACAUUGAACCCUAUCUCAUUUUUAGCAACCUUUAUUAUUUGAGAAAGCUGAGUGUAGAUGGCAAAGAUUACUCUCUCAUUUUGCAAGGACUAGUCAGUGCUAUGUCACUGGAUUUUGACCGGGUUGAAAACAAAUUGUACUGGGCUGGUAAUGACAGAAAGAUCCAGAGUGUAUUUCUGAAUGGAACAAACCAAGAGGUGGUCCUAAACCGUGGUUUAUCAUCUGUACAAGGUCUGGCUGUAGACUGGGUUACAAGAAAACUCUAUUGGUUGGAUAGUGUACUGAAUGGACUCUUUGUCGCUGAUCUCCGAGGCCAUCUCCAUCGCAAGCUGGCUGAGCACUGCGUGGACAUCAACAACACUUUCUGCUUUGAACGUCCCCGAGGAAUUGUCCUUCACCCAAAAUAUGGAUAUGUCUACUGGACAGACUGGGGUACCCGUGCAUACAUCGGAAGAGUAGGCAUGGAUGGAAACAAUAAGUCUGUGAUUAUCUCUACCAAGAUACAGUGGCCCAAUGGCAUCACCAUUGACUACACUAAUGAUAAUCUCUACUGGGCAGAUGCCCACCUGGGUUAUAUCGAGUACUCUGAUUUGGAAGGCCACCAUCGGCACAUCGUGUAUGACGGAACACUCUCACAUCCUUUUGCUAUUACCAUUUUUGAAGAUAUUAUUUAUUGGACAGAUUGGAAUACCAAGUCAAUUGAAAAAGGAAACAAAUAUGAUGGAUCAAAUAGGGUACGGCUUGUUAACAUAACACACAGACCAUUCGACAUCCAUGUGUAUCAUCCAUACAGGCAGCCGUAUGUGAAUAAUCCCUGUGAUGUCAACAAUGGUGGUUGUUCUCACCUGUGCCUCAUCAAGGCAGGAGGCCAAGGAUUCACCUGUGAAUGUCCAGAUGACUUCCAGACUCUCAACCUGGGUGGGACUACCCGCUGCCUGCCUAUGUGCUCUAGUACCCAGUUCCUAUGUGCUGACCGUGAAAGUUGUAUACCUAUCUGGUGGAAAUGUGAUGGACAGAAAGACUGUGCAGAUGGCUCUGACGAAUCGCCUCUUUGUCCACCGCGCUACUGUCUUUUGGGACAGUUCCAGUGUAGUGAUGGCAAUUGCACCAGCUCCAACAAUUUAUGCAACACUGAGAAUGACUGCCCUGAUGGGUCUGAUGAAGACCUUGUUCUUUGUGAGAACCACCGGUGUUCGUCCAGUCAAUGGCAGUGUGCCAACAAGCGUUGCAUCCCACAGUCCCAUCUGUGUGACUCGGAGAAUGACUGCAGAGACAACUCUGAUGAAGACAGUGCCCUCUGUGCCGCCAGGACCUGCCUUCCGGGCGAGUUCAAAUGUGAUAAUAACCGCUGCAUCCCUCAGUCUUGGAAGUGUGAUUUUGAUAACGACUGUGGGGACUAUUCAGAUGAGCCCUUCCAUGAAUGCAUGGGACCUUCAUAUCGCUGUGACAACUACACAGAAUUCAGCUGUAGAACCAACUACCGCUGCAUCCCCAAAUGGGCAGUGUGCAACGGUUAUGAUGACUGCAGGGACAACAGUGAUGAAGACAGCUGUGAGACAAUGACAUGCAAUCCAGUGGGGCAGUUCCGCUGUAAUAAUCACCGCUGCAUCCCUCUUCGUUGGAAAUGUGAUGGGCAAAAUGACUGUGGAGACCAUUCGGAUGAGGAAAGAUGUGUCCCCCGGGAGUGCACAGAGAGCGAGUUUAGAUGUGACAAUCAGCGCUGCAUUCCUUCUCUGUGGAUCUGUGACCAUGACAACGACUGUGGGGACAACUCAGAUGAGCGGGACUGUGAGCUGAAGACCUGCUCUCCUGGACGCUUUCAGUGUGCAAGCGGACACUGUGUGCCUGCAGGGUAUAAAUGUGAUGGAUUUGCUGACUGUCUCGAUGCCUCUGAUGAAGCCACUUGCCCCACUCGCUAUCCCAAUGGUGCAUAUUGUGCAGCUACUAUGUUUGAAUGUAAAAACCAUGUUUGUAUUCCACCGUCCUGGAAAUGUGAUGGUCAUAAUGACUGUGGUGAUGAUUCUGACGAAGAACUUCACCUGUGUGUGAAUGUUCCUUGUAACUCAGAAUCCCGUUUCCGUUGUGACAACAAUCGAUGCAUUUACAAACACAACCUGUGCAAUCAUGUGGACGACUGUAGAGACGGAAGUGAUGAGAGAGAAGAGCUGUGUAGGGAGCCAACACCUAGACCUUGUACAGAAGAUGAAUUUAAGUGUAGCAACGGACAUUGUAUUCCACAAACCAAUGUGUGUGAUAAUGUUGAUGACUGUGGUGACCAUUUUGAUGAAACGGGUUGCAACCAAGGAGAACAAAGAUCAUGUGCUGAAAACAUAUGUCAACACAAUUGUACCCAGUUAAAUGAAGGAGGAUUUAUCUGCACUUGUAGACCUGGAUACAAAGCAGGAACUUUGAACAGAAACUUGUGUCUAGACAUCGAUGAAUGUGAGCUUUUUGGGACUUGUCCCCAGAACUGCCAUAACACCAAAGGCGGGUAUGAGUGUGCCUGUGCUGAGGGCUUCAAGUCCAUGGGUCAGUCGUACGGAAAACGAUGUGCUGCAGAAGGUGACUCUCCUUUGCUAUUACUGCCUGACAACAUUAGAAUUCGAAAAUAUAAUAUGUCGUCUGAGAGGUACUCAGAUUAUCUUGAAGAUGAGGAACAUAUUCAGGCUAUUGAUUAUGACUGGGAUCCCGAGGGCACAGGCCUCAGUAUCAUAUAUUACUCUGUGCUGGGUCAGGACUCUAAUUUUGGCUCUAUCAAACGUGCUUACAUCCCCAACGUGGACACAGGUGGCAAUAAUAUUGUGCAGGAAGUUAAUCUGAAUCUGAAAUACAUAGCGCAGCCAAAUGGGUUAGCAGUGGACUGGGUUGGAAGGCAUAUUUACUGGUCAGACUCCAGAACAAAACGGAUUGAGGUGGCUAAACUUGAUGGAAGGUACAGAAAAUGGCUUAUUACCACCCUCUUAGAUCUACCAGCUGCUCUUGUUGUGAAUCCCAAACUUGGGCUUAUGUACUGGACCGACUGGGGAAAAGAGUCUAAGAUCGAAUGUGCCUGGAUGGAUGGACAGCAUCGGCAAGUCCUGGUUUCCACGGACCUUGGUUGGCCAACUGGCAUUUCCAUUGAUUAUGUGAACAAUGACCGGAUCUACUGGAGUGAUUUGAAGGAAAACAUUAUUGAAUCCAUAAAAUAUGAUGGAACUGAUAGGAAAGUCAUUUCAAAUGAAGCAAGGAGCCCUUUUAGCUUGGACGUCUUUGAAGGCCAAAUAUACUGGUCAUCUAAGGAGAGGGGAGAUAUAUGGAGGAAAGAUAAAUUUGGGAGUGGACGUUCAGAGAAAUUACUGACUGUGAGCCCUUGGCUCACUCAAAUUCGAGUCUUUCAUCAAUACAGAUACAAUCUCUCAGUGCCAAGUCCCUGUAAAGAUGACUGCAGUCACCUCUGCCUGCUGAGCCCUAGAGGAUACAGCUGUGCCUGUCCUGAAGGCUCCAACUUUAUGCCGGGGAGCGAGACACAGUGUGAUGCAGCCAUUGAAUCUCCUAUCGUCAUGCCCCCCGCAUGCAGGUGUAUGUAUGGAGGAACUUGCUAUUUUGAUGAGAAUAACCUCCCCAAAUGCAAGUGUCUUAGCGGCUAUACUGGAAGCUACUGUGAAAUAGGAUUCUCAAAAGGCAUUACUCCAGGAAUAACCAUGGCAGCGCUGUUGACAAUCAUCUUGGUCGUCAUAAUCGGAGCAUUGGCAGUUGGAGGAUUUUUCCAUUAUAGGAAAACCGGCUCCCUUUUUCCUUCUCUGCCCAAAUUGCCAAGCUUAAGUAGUCUUGUCAAAUCCUCUGAACAAGAAAAUGGGGUGACCUUCAGAUCAGGGAUGGAUGUCACCAUGGAUGUUGGAGUAUCUGGUUUUGGACCUGAGAAUGUUAUUGACAGAUCAAUGGCAAUGGAUGAAAACUUUGUCAUGGAGACAGGGAAACAGCCCAUAAUAUUUGAAAACCCAAUGUAUUCAGUCAAAGACAGUACUAUCAAAGGACAUGAGCCAGCCGAGGUAACUGGUUCUGGAAAUGUGGUUAAUAAGAACUAUGAAAGCUCCAUAAAUCCUAAUGAGAUAGUUCAAAAGACAGAGGAGACCUCCCCAAGUGCAAAUGGCACUCAGGCAACAAAGUGGAAUUUCUUCAAAAGAAAACCAAAACAAACCUCCAACUUUGAAAACCCAAUCUACGCAGAGAUGGGGACAGAGCCAAAGGACAGCAACGCUGAUGCCCUGCCCCCUCCGCUGCCAUCUGCUCCCAGUGAGGAAAUGCCUCCCAGAAGAGAUCCAGCCCCAGCCUACACUCCAACAGAGGACACUUUCAAAGACACUGCUACCCUUGUUAAGGAAGACUCUGAGGCAUAG